AAUUUAUAUAUUUGAAAAUCAUCCAAGUUUCACGCACAUUAAUUUCACUCAAACUUUUUUUCUAUAAAUUAAUAAAUUAAGUAUAUUUCACGAAUUACCAAAAAUGUUUAUAAUUUUAUGAUCAGCUGUUUUGACUUAAUUAUUAAGUUGUGACACGACUUUAUUGGGACAAUGGAUAUCAAAGCGUAGGUCAAGUACAAAAAGAGAGAGUGGGGUCAUAAAAGAGUGUGAAUGUAUUGCAACUUAAUAGCAAUUUCAUGAUUUUAUAACGUCCUGAAAAUCGUGAACAGGGAUAAAAAUUGGCAAUGAAAAAUAUUUUUGAGUAGUUGAAAUGGAGAUUAUAUGAUAUGAGAGGGAACGCAAAAUUGAACGACUCAUUUGUGUCGCGCUUGCAAUUCCGAAAGAAAAUUCCGUGUGUAAACGCCGUCAUAUUGUCUGUACAUAUUGCUCCAAAAGGGAAGUACGAAAUAUGGCCAACCAAGAAUCACAGGUUAUGAGUUUACCGCUUCCACCGACGCAGUACAUCAACCUUUUUUCUGAAGAAAACAUAAGAAGAAAUCGCACUCCCCGACCACCACCCCCUAUGCAGGAUACUUAUAGCAUGUUUGGAAUUCAGUACAAUAAUGAAGAAAUGAUUCGAUCAUUGGAGUCUCAAAAUAUAAAACGUCUCAUACCGAUACAUUUCGACCGUCGGAAGGAAUUGAAGAAACUCAAUCAUUCAUUAUUUGUAAACUUUUUGGAUCUUAUUGAUCUUUUGAUUCAAUACCCUGACAGUCCUCGAAGAACCGAAAAGAUCGAUGACUUGAGCCUCCUGUUUGUUCACAUGCACCAUUUGCUGAAUGAAUUUCGACCCCACCAGGCACGUGAAACCCUGCGAGUAAUGAUGGAAAUGCAAAAGCGUCAGCGUGUAGAGACAACAACAAGGUUCCAAAAGCAUUUGGAACGAGUAAGAGAUAUAGUUAAUACAGCAUUUGCGACAUUACCCGACAUAUGUAACGACGAAUUUGAUAACGCCGACAAGGUUAAAAUGGAAAUAGAUACACAAGAUAUUAAUGCCAAUAAUCGUAGUGAUCAGUUGGAUCGCAUUAUGUGUAAAAUUGUUGACGGAAUGGAUUAGCUAAUGCAAUAUUUUAUAUAAAUAGUUUUAUAAUAAUUAAAUAUGUAAUACACAAAUCGCACACGUAAUUCAUUAUAGAUUAAGAUUUUCAGAGGAACUCUUCCAUAUACUUCUUCGGAUAUGCGGUACUUUUUGUGGACCUAUAUCAAUGAGUUAAAGUUUUGAUUCUUUCUUUAGUUUUGUAUCUAUAUUUGGUAAUAUGCAAUUAAUAUGAAAGUAUACAUGACUCUGCCCUUAAAGAUGUCUUGAUGACUUGCUAAUAAAACAAAUGCUGACAUUGGCAAAGAUAAUAUGA